AUGGCCGACAAUUCAUCAACACUUUAUGCCAAAGCUAUGGUGGAAGCUCAAAAGACAGUGCAUUAUGUACUUGACAAGGCUCCAGGGGCAUAUGAAAGUGGGAGAGAGGCUGCUGUAACAGCUGCGGCUAAGAUUCAACCUGCACUCAACUCUGCUAUAGAGAAAACGCCAAUCCUCCUAGAACGGUCUAAGGUAGCGGCAUGGCAGUUAUAUCAGGAUGCUCCCAGACAUCUGGGCACUGCGAAGGUUGCAGCACGACAGUUAUAUCAGGAUGCCCCCAGACAUCUGGACACUGUGAAGGAUGCUGCAGGACAAUUAUAUCAAGAUACUCCCAGACACUUGAGCACUGUGAAGCAAGUUGGUGUGAGAGCUUUUGAAGAUCCUAGCCAAUCUGCAAAACAUUUGUUGGAAACUGUAGGGCCUGUCGUUCGCCAGCAUCCGUAUAUCAGCGGUUUCGUAGUAUGGGCAGCACUAGCUGUGAAAUUUGGAACCUUUUGGCCUGUUCGUGCUCUGUUGAGAAUAUUUGGAUUUGGUAAAGGCGUUACACCAGGCAAGUAA